AUGGAAGCUUUAAGGAUAAGACUCGUUUCGGAAAUGGUGAUUGUGUUGACGGCGGUGUCCGUGGUCCAAAAUGCCACAGCUGGUGGUGUCCCUCUCCCUAUCACUAAAUCCCCGAGAGCUGCCCCUCCCUCUAAUGCCUCGACUGCAGAGGCCCCUAGCCCUACCUCCGAUGCCACCGCCUUUAUGCCGUCGGUGUUUGCUUCCUUUAUUGCUUUUGCAUUCAUGUGCCCAACACAAAACUUUUGGGUACUUCUCCUGGGGAAGACAACACUUAGGAUUCCUUCCAUAUCCUUCUCUCCUUCCAACGCCGGUCACCCCCCUAUAAGCAGUUCACUCAAUCGGAGUUAUCCACCUACAAUCUUCUUCUACCACCAACUUCGCAUAAGCAGGCACACCAAAUCGCAGGCACCAAUUUCUGAUUUAUCCAGCGACCGAUUCUGGGGUUUCCUAAGCUUCAACUUGUAUCCUAGCACCAUCCAUAGGUUUAUUAUAGCUGGAGAAAAGGGGGAAAAUGGCAGAAAACGAAAAUGUCCACUCUUCGAAACAAUGGCAGUUAAGGGACGGUUCCUUUUCAGGUUAUUUGCGGCUUCAAUGGCGCUCGGCAUCGGCUUCAUUUGUUACUAUAGACUGCGGUUGUUACCAGUGGCGUCGGGAAAACUUGAGCGAUGGGCUUGGAUUGGAUUGUUUCAUUGCGAGCUCUGGUUUAGUUUUUAUUGGUUUCUCACCGUAAUUUGUAGAUGGAACCCUGUCUACCGUUUUCCUCACAAAAACAGGCUCUCCCUAAGGUACGAGAAAGAGUUACCGGGCGUAGACAUAUUUGUAUGCACGGCGGAUCCGUCGGCGGAGCCACCAAGUAUGGUGAUGAACACUGUUUUAUCGGUGAUGGCAUAUGAUUAUCCCCCGGAGAAGUUAAACAUCUAUUUAUCUGACGACGGAGCGUCGGAAUUAACGUUUUACGCCAUGUUAGAAGCUUCAAGUUUCUCAAAGCAAUGGCUGCCGUUUUGCAAGAAGUUCAAAGUGGAAUCCAGAUCACCCGAGGCUUACUUUAGGACAGCUGUUGAACCAGACAGCCAUCAUCCUCUUAUGCUUAAACACUGGCUUUUAGUCAAGAAACUAUACGAGGAGGCAAAGAUGAGGGUUGAAAUGAAGCAAAUCCCAGAAGAGAUUCGUGAAUGGAAUUUGGUUUCAAGCAGAAAUGAUCAUCAAACUAUUUUUAAAAUCUUAAUUGCUGCGGAUGCUGAAGGAAACGUUCUGCCAACACUUGUGUAUUUGGCACGUGAAAAAAGACCCCAAUUUCACCACCAUUUCAAAGCUGGAGCCAUGAAUGCACUUAUUAGGGUCUCUGCAGAGAUAAGCAACAGCCCAAUUAUUUUGAAUUUAGAUUGCGACAUGUAUUCAAACAAUUUGGAAUCGAUUAAAGAUUCUUUGUACUUUUUCAUGGAUGAAAAGAAUGGACAUCAAAUUGCUUACGUACAAUAUCCUCAGCAUUUCAAUAAUCUCACCAAGAACGAUAUUUAUGGUAAUUCAUUUCGAGUUGCACGAAAGUUGGAGUUUUCAGGACUCGACGCAAAUGGAGGACCAUGCUAUAUCGGCAGACGAGAUGCUCUUUGCGGGAAGAAAUACGACAAAACCUGUAAGGUUGGUUGGAAGCGACUAAAUCGUAGAGAGGUUGAAGAAAACGCAACAGUUCUUGAAGGAACAUGUAAAGUUCUUGCAAGUUGUAGCUUUGAACAAAACACACAAUGGGGAAACGAGAUGGGGUUGAGAUAUGGGUGCCCAGCUGAGGAUAUAAUAACAGGAUUGAGCAUACAGUGCAGAGGCUGGAAAUCGAUUUACUUAAAUCCUGAAAGAGAAAGCUUCUUAGGCAUUGCUCCAACUUCACUAUUGACGAUGCUGGUGCAACAUAAGAGAUGGGCCGAAGGUCAUUUCCAGAUUUUCCUAUCAAGAUAUUGCUCCUUGUUGUAUGGACAUAAUCGGAUUCCUCUCAAACUUCAACUUGCUUACUGUGCGGGCAAUUUAUGGGCUGCAAAUUCCUUGCCUACGUUGUACUAUGUUGUUGUCCCUUGCUUUUGCCUGCUUAAAGACAUCCCCCUGUUUCCUAAGGUAUCAAGUCCAUGGGUCCUCCCAUUUGCAUAUGUUGCCAUUGCACACCGAGCAUAUAGCCUUGGAGAAUUCCUAUGGUGUGGGGGCACAUUCCAAGCUUGGUGCAACGAUCAAAGGAUGUGGCUGUUCAAGAGAACAACUUCAUACUUCUUCGCCUUAUGUGACACCAUCUUGAAGCUAUUAGGAUACUCAAAUCCAACCUUUGUCAUCACAGCAAAGGUUGCGGACGAAGACGUCUUGAGAAGAUAUGAGCAAGAGCUGAUGGAAUUUGGCGAUUCAUCACCGAUGUUCGUUGUUUUAGCAUCACUCGCAAUGUUGAAUCUGUUCAGUAGCUUUGGGGCAAUCAAGAAGCUCGUCUUCAAUGCUGAUCACAGUGAGGUUUGGGACCGAUUCGGAUUGCAAAUUCUCUUGUGUUUCCUUUUGGUUGCUCUCAACUGGCCUGUAUACAAGGCAGUGUUUUUUCGGAAAGACAACGGUGGAAUGCCCGCUCCAGUUACUUACAAGUCCAUUACUUUUGCCUUGUUAGUGUCUACAGUAGCAAUGUCAACUUGA